AUGUUGCUUUCGCGUCUGCGUUUGCGUUUCCUCUCUUUCCUAUCACUCUUCGCUUCAAGCUUCUUAACGAUCAAUGCUCUUGUUUGUCCUCCCGACCAGAUCCAAGCUCUAAUACAACUCAAGAACGAGUUUAAAUCCGACGGUUGCAACCGCAGCGACUACUUAAACGGAGCCCAGUGCGACAACACAACUGGUGCGGUCACAAAGAUACAGCUCCCAAGCGGUUGCGUCACCGGAGUUCUCAAACCAAACAGUAGUCUCUUCGGCUUUCACCAUCUUCGUUACCUUAAUCUCUCACACAACAACUUCACCUCCUCUUCACUCCCUUCAGAGUUCAGCAAUCUCAACAAAUUAGAGGUUCUGUCUCUUGCCUCUAGUAGCUUCACUGGUCAAGUUCCUUCCUCAAUAAGUAACUUAAUCUUUCUUACUCAUCUAAACCUUUCACACAACGAGCUCUGUGGUAGUUUCCCAAUUGUAAAAAACCUAACAAACCUCUCUUUUUUAGACCUUUCUGAUAAUCAAUUCUCAGGAACCAUACCAUCUGAUUUAUUAGCCACUAUGCCCUUCUUGUCUCAUCUUAAUUUGAAGCAGAAUCAUCUCACUGGUCUUCUUGAAGUUCCCAACUCUUCUUCAUCACCUAGUCUAAAAUAUCUGUCCCUUGGGCUUAACCAAUUUGAAGGAAACAUCCUUAUGCCUAUCUCAAAGCUCAUCAACCUAGAGUCCCUUGAGCUUAAAUCCUUAAACACAAGUUAUCCACUUGACUUAAGCAUCUUCUCCCCUCUCAAAGCUUUGUUGAUCCUUGAUGUUUCUAAAAAUAGGUUAUUACCAGCCAGUUUAAGUUCUGAGUCACAAAUCCCUCUGAGCUUAGAGAGCUUGGUUUUGCAUCAUUGUGACAUUAUUGAGUUCCCAAACAUCUUAAAGACCCUUCAAAACCUGCAUCAUGUAGACAUUUCCAGCAAUAGAAUCAUAGGGAAAGUCCCUGAGUGGUUAUGGAAGCUACCUCGUAUUAUCAUAGUGAAUCUUGUUAACAACUCUUUCACCGGUUUCGAGGGUUCUACAGAAGUUUUACUUAACUCGUCAGUGCAGUUGCUAGAUUUUGCUUAUAACUCCAUGACAGGAGCGCUUCCUAUACCACCACUCAAUACCGUAUACUUGUCUGCAUGGAACAAUAGUUUCACUGGAAACAUACCUCUCCAGAUCUGCAACCGAAGCUCUCUCGUUGUUCUUGAUCUGUCCUACAACAACCUCACCGGUCCGAUUCCUCCAUGUUUGAGUAACUUAAAGAUUGUGAACCUCAGGAAGAACAGCUUGGAAGGAAGCAUACCUGACACGUUCUACAAAGGCGCUUCCACACAAACACUUGACGUGGGCUUCAAUCAACUAUCCGGGAAGCUUCCAAGAUCGCUUAUAAACUGCUCUUUUCUGAAGUUUCUAAGUGUAGACAACAACAGAAUCGAAGACAAGUUUCCUUUCUGGCUCAAGGCUUUACCUUAUCUGCAAGUCUUUACUCUCCGUUCAAACAGAUUCUUUGGCCAUCUCUCUCCUCCUGAUCAAGGUCCUCUGGCGUUCCCCGAGCUGCGGAUACUUGAACUAUCGGAUAACAGCUUCACCGGAAGCUUGCCACCAAGUUUCUUCGUCAACUGGAAAGCAUCAUCACUGGAGAUAAAUAAAGAUGGGCGUAUUUAUAUGGGAGACUACAAGAAUGCUUAUUACAUCUAUGAAGAUACUUUGGAUUUGCAAUACAAAGGUCUAUUCAUGGAGCAAGGAAAGGUUCUUACUUCCUAUAGUACCAUUGAUUUCUCUGGAAACAAACUUGAAGGACAGAUUCCUGAGUCUAUUGGUCUCUUGAAGGCAUUGAUUGCGCUCAACUUGUCGAACAACGCCUUCACAGGACAUAUUCCUCUGUCUUUAGCAAAUGUUACGGAGCUGGAGUCACUAGACUUGUCAAGAAACAAACUAUCAGGGGAGAUUCCUAGAGAACUCAGGAGUCUCUCGUUUUUGGCGUAUGUAAGUGUGGCUCAUAACCAACUCAAAGGUGAAAUACCACAAGGACCACAGUUUAGUGGACAAGCUGUAUCAUCAUUUGAAGGGAAUGUAGGUCUUUGUGGUCUCCCUCUCCAAGGAAGUUGCUUUGCUCCACCAACACAACAGCCUGAGGAAGAAGAAGAAGAGGAAGGAGUGUUAAACUGGAAAGCAGUGGUAAUAGGGUAUGGUCCUGGAUUGUUGUUUGGAUUGGUGAUAGCUCACGUUUUAGCUUCAUACAGGACAAAGUGGUUUGUCAAGAUAGUUGGUCCGGAUAAGCACAAGGAAGCAGAUCCAGUCAGAUUGUUUAUGUCUCUGGAUUCAAGAUGGGACAGUUUCAAUAAUAAUAAUAAGAAAAAUGUAGAAACAGAAAGUGAUUUGUAUAAAUAG